AUGAGUGCCUGCACUUGCUUACCUGAAGUAAGAUAUUUAAAUCAUCUUGCCAAGCGCACGCAUAGGUGGUCUCAAUUCAGAAGGUCGAAUUUUGGUAAGCUAUUUGCUAAAUGGGAGCUCGAGGCCAAGAACGCAACCCUUGAUAUUGAGCUGUAUAGUUCUGAAGGCUUAGAAAGCGCUUUUUACCACUGCUCGGAGAAUCUUUUCUAUGACUAUUAUUUAGACUUUACCACUGAUAGAUAUAAGCAUUUCUCUCAUUUUUUAUAA